UAUUUCAGAUCUGUGACAUUUAUGCAAACAAAUAUCAGAUUUAUUUGUUUCUUCAGCCGCAGGUGCUGUGUAUUCCCUCUGGGCCCAGUUUCAAGCAUGGAGCCCCCAAAUCUCUCAAUUCUAGAUGAUGGAUUUAAUUCGAACUCUGCCUCUGCUAUUGUGAAUUAUAUGGGGAUUAUUUCCCUUUCAUUUGCCCAACAACCUUUGAGUCCAAGAACUAGUUGAAUUAUCCAGGGAUCCCUCCUGAGAGGGAGAAUUAUGAUAAAAGUUUCAGCUCUGCUCUUUGGCCGAAUCCUCCAGGGGAGACUUUGGGCAGAGAAAUAGGGAGUUUGGGGACAGGCAGAGUCUGUGCUCUUGAAUGUACGUUUUUCUCCUUUCCAGGUGAAGCUGAGAGUUUCUCUGUGUUUCAAUCAGGAAAGACGCUGCAGAUUCUACCUUCUGAGAGUCCUUUGAAUUCUUCUAAUUCUUCUUUAGAAACAGGAAAGGGAUUCAUUGAUUCACCCCAUGAAUGAUGGACCUCCUGCUUCUGUUUCUGCUGCUGCUGUUGUCCCAUCCAGUCUCUGGGAAGCUGAGAAUGAAAUGCCCGCUGAGUUCGGAGCACCAGGAUGGAAAACAACCACAGAGCUAUUACAGCCCAGGAGACCAUCUCAUUGCUAUAGUCCUCACUGGAAAUGAAAUAUGGCAUACAAAGUUGCUUUUCAAUGUGGCUCCUUCUGUUCAGUUUGUUUUCCCUGAUUUGAAUCUUUAUGGUUUUUCAUAUGGCUUACGAUUCAUUUUCAACAUUCAAGUGAUCAACAAGAAUUCCCAGCUCCUGCACAAUCUCACACUGGGCUACAACCUCCAUCACAAUCAUUUUAGCACUUUCCGCACUUCAGAUGCCUUGCUGGACAUUCUCUCCACUGGAGAAGCCAAUGUCCCCAACUACGGCUGUGGAAGGAAGGAGAACCUUCUGGCUCUUCUUGAUGCAGCCGACAGGGACAUCUCCAUCCAGAUGUCAACAUUAGGAGGCACCUACAAAGUCCCACAGUCCCUGCCUCAGUCCAGAUGUGGGGAAUAUUGUCACCCUGGAUUUGUCAAGAAGGCUCGAGAAGGAGAGCCAGCUAUGACUGCUUCCUUGUCCGGAGGGACCUUCUCCACUCAGGAAGAUACCAAAUGCAUCCAGAGGAUAAAUAUCCAAAUCCUGGAGAGAUCGUCCUGCAAUGCAAAAGGGGCCGUUGUCCUGUUCUACGUCACCCUCAGCUACAUGGGCUUCCUGGCCAUCUGCUUCACGGUUCAGGUGGGCCUCCUCUUCCAGACCUUCCCGCCUCCGGUCCCUUCGGAGCUGAAUAGCCUCGCCUGGCUGACCAGGGACCUCGCCCUCCAGUCCCAGCGGCAGAUGCAACCAUGGAUCUCACCUGCUGCUCUUGGACGUCACCCAUUUGCCUGCUGUCGCCGAUUGGGUCCAGCUGCUUCUAGACCUCAGUCGCUGCUUCUGGACAUCACCUGCUUCCCUGCUGUUUCCGAUUGGACUAAGAUGUUACCAAACUUCACUGCUGCUCCUGGGCCUCACUCUCUGAUCCAAGUCAUCAACUGCUGA